CUGACCGGGGGCGCGGCGGCGGAGGCGGCGAGGGCGCGGAGGGCUAAUUGGCUGCCGGCUGCGGCCAAGGAGGCUUGAGUGUUUGGAGAACCAGCUGAGGGGGACCCCGCGGCGGGGUCGGGGAGACCCAGGGCUGCAGCUAUGGAGGACCAGAGGGAGGCACUAAGAAAAAUCAUCACCACCCUGGCCGUGAAGAAUGAGGAGACACAGACCUUCAUCUACUCCCUGAAGCAGAUGCUGCUGAACGUAGAGGCAAACUCAGCCAAAGUACAGGAGGACCUGGAAGCCGAGUUCCAGUCCCUCAUGUCGGUCCUGGAGGAGCUGAAGGAAUCCAUGCUAAUGAAGAUCAAGCAGGACAGGGCUAGCCGCACCUAUGAGCUGCAGAACCAGCUAGCCGCAUGCACACGGGCCCUGGAGAGCUCUGAGGAGCUCCUGGAGACAGCCAACCAGACCCUGCAGGCCGCAGACAGCGAGGACUUCCCUCAGGCCGCCAAGCAAAUCAAAGAUGGUGUGACCAUGGCCCCUGCCUUCCGACUGUCGCUGAAAGCCAAGGUCAGUGACAACAUGAGUCACCUCAUGGUGGACUUCGCACAGGAACGCCAAAUGUUACAGACCCUCAAGUUCCUGCCUGUGCCAAGUGCCCCCAUCAUCGACCUGGCCGAGUCCCUGGUGGCCGAUAACUGUGUGACGCUGGUGUGGCGCAUGCCCGAUGAGGACAGCAAGAUUGACCACUACGUGCUGGAGUACCGCAGGACCAAUUUCGAGGGCCCACCCCGCCUCAAGGAGGAUCACCCCUGGAUGGUUGUCGAGGGCAUCCGACACACUGAGCACACCUUGACAGGUCUCAAAUUUGACAUGAAAUACAUGAACUUCCGUGUGAAGGCCUGUAACAAGGCGGUGGCUGGGGAAUUCUCUGAGCCGGUGACCUUAGAGACGCCAGGUGACUGCUUCCUACCCUCCCUGACUCAGUGUCUCCCACCCAUCCUGGUGUCCUGGGAACCCAUCCUUCAUAAGGGUCUUGGAACGGGGUGAUGUGGCCCUUACUGCUCUGGCUGCUGGGGAGCUCACCUUUAGUCUGCAGUGG